CAAACAGUGCAUCCCCAAAUCCUCACACUUUUGCUCUCUUGCAGUCAGUUGCUUUGCUGGCUUCUGCAGGCUUUUAAGGUCUCGCGGCGUAGAAAUGCCUGGCCCCCACCCCCUUCCUCGGUCUCCCCUUUCAAUUCAGAUGUGCUGAUGUGCAGACCGGAUUCAUCUUCUCGGAGAGGCGGCGGCGGCUUUGGGCUCAGGCGGCGGCGGCUCGCGCUCGGCCGCGGAGUCCUGGCAGCAGCGGGGACGCGGCGCGGGAGCCCGAGCACUGGUGGCAGCUGAACCCGCGGGGCGCUGCUGGCAGAGCCGCGGCCGCGGGAAGUUCGGCAGCCAGAAGAACGAUCUGGCAGGCUACGAGCGCCAGCGCCGCCAGAGCCGAGUUUGCCUGCGCCCUCCCCGCCUCCGAAUGCCGAGUUCCUUACCUGCCCUCCGCCCACCCGCGGGCCCCUAGCCAACUUCUCCCUGCGACUGGGGGUAACAGGCAGUGCUUGCCCUCUCUACUGUCCCGGCGGCAUCCACAUGUCUCCGGACACCUGAGCACCCCGGUCCCGCCGAGGAGCCUCCCGGUGGGGAGAAGAGCACCGGUGCCCCUAGCCCCGCACAUCAGCGCGGACCGCGGCUGCCUAACCUCCGGGUCCCGUCCCCUCCUUUUCCUCCGGGGGAGGAGGAUGGGGUUGGAAAAGCUUUCCCUGAGGAUGCUCGUGUGGCUGGUGGCCUCGGGGAUUGUUUUUUACGGGGAGCUAUGGGUCUGCGCUGGCCUCGAUUAUGAUUACACUUUUGAUGGGAACGAAGAAGAUAAAACAGAGACUAUAGAUUACAAGGACCCGUGUAAAGCCGCUGUAUUUUGGGGCGAUAUUGCCUUAGAUGAUGAAGACUUAAAUAUCUUUCAAAUAGAUAGGACAAUUGACCUUACGCAGAAUCCCUUUGGAAACCUUGGACAUACCACAGGUGGACUUGGAGACCAUGCUAUGUCAAAGAAGCGAGGGGCCCUCUACCAACUUAUAGACAGGAUAAGAAGAAUUGGCUUUGGCUUGGAGCAAAACAACACAGUUAAGGGUAAAGUACCUCUACAAUUCUCAGGGCAAAAUGAGAAAAAUCGAGUUCCCAGAGCCGCUACAUCAAGAACGGAAAGAAUAUGGCCUGGAGGCGUUAUUCCUUAUGUUAUAGGAGGCAACUUCACUGGCAGCCAGAGAGCCAUGUUCAAGCAGGCCAUGAGGCACUGGGAAAAGCACACAUGUGUGACUUUCAUAGAAAGAAGUGAUGAAGAAAGUUACAUUGUAUUCACCUAUAGGCCUUGUGGAUGCUGCUCCUAUGUAGGUCGGCGGGGAAAUGGACCUCAGGCAAUCUCUAUCGGCAAGAACUGUGAUAAAUUUGGAAUUGUUGUUCAUGAAUUGGGCCACGUGAUAGGCUUUUGGCAUGAACAUACACGACCAGAUCGAGAUAACCAUGUAACUAUCAUAAGAGAAAACAUCCAGCCAGGUCAAGAGUACAAUUUUCUGAAGAUGGAGCCUGGAGAAGUAAACUCACUUGGAGAAAGAUAUGAUUUUGACAGUAUCAUGCACUAUGCCAGGAACACCUUCUCAAGGGGGAUGUUUCUGGAUACCAUUCUCCCCUCCCGUGAUGAUAAUGGCAUACGUCCUGCAAUUGGUCAGCGAACCCGUCUAAGCAAAGGAGAUAUCGCACAGGCAAGAAAGCUGUAUAGAUGUCCAGCAUGUGGAGAAACCCUACAAGAAUCCAAUGGCAACCUUUCCUCUCCAGGAUUUCCCAAUGGCUACCCUUCUUACACACACUGCAUCUGGAGAGUUUCUGUGACCCCAGGGGAGAAGAUUGUUUUAAAUUUUACAACGAUGGAUCUUUACAAGAGUAGUUUGUGCUGGUAUGACUACAUUGAAGUAAGAGAUGGGUACUGGAGAAAAUCACCUCUCCUGGGUAGAUUCUGUGGGGACAAAGUGCCUGAAGUUCUUACUUCUACAGACAGCAGAAUGUGGAUUGAGUUUCGUAGCAGCAGUAAUUGGGUAGGAAAAGGCUUUGCAGCUGUCUAUGAAGCGAUCUGUGGAGGUGAGAUACGUAAAAAUGAAGGACAGAUUCAGUCUCCUAAUUAUCCUGAUGACUAUCGCCCGAUGAAAGAAUGUGUGUGGAAAAUAACAGUGUCUGAGAGCUACCACGUCGGGCUGACCUUUCAGUCCUUUGAGAUUGAAAGGCAUGACAACUGUGCUUAUGACUACCUGGAAGUUAGAGAUGGAACCAGUGAAAAUAGCCCUUUGAUAGGGCGUUUCUGUGGUUAUGACAAACCUGAAGAUAUAAGAUCUACCUCCAAUACUUUGUGGAUGAAGUUUGUUUCUGAUGGAACUGUGAACAAAGCAGGAUUUGCUGCUAACUUUUUUAAAGAGGAAGACGAGUGUGCCAAACCUGACCGUGGAGGCUGUGAGCAGCGAUGUCUGAACACCCUGGGCAGUUACCAGUGCGCCUGUGAGCCUGGCUAUGAGCUGGGCCCAGACAGGAGGAGCUGUGAAGCCGCGUGUGGUGGACUUCUUACCAAACUUAACGGCACCAUAACCACCCCCGGCUGGCCCAAGGAGUAUCCUCCUAAUAAGAACUGUGUGUGGCAAGUGGUUGCACCAACCCAGUACAGAAUUUCUGUGAAGUUUGAGUUUUUUGAAUUAGAAGGCAAUGAAGUUUGCAAAUAUGAUUAUGUGGAGAUCUGGAGUGGUCUUUCCUCUGAGUCUAAAUUGCAUGGCAAAUUCUGUGGCGCUGAAGUGCCUGAAGUGAUCACAUCCCAGUUCAACAAUAUGAGAAUCGAAUUCAAAUCUGACAAUACUGUGUCCAAGAAGGGCUUCAAAGCACAUUUUUUCUCAGACAAAGACGAAUGCUCUAAGGAUAAUGGUGGAUGUCAGCACGAAUGUGUCAACACGAUGGGGAGCUACAUGUGUCAGUGCCGUAAUGGAUUUGUGCUGCAUGAAAAUAAACAUGAUUGCAAGGAAGCUGAGUGUGAACAGAAGAUCCACAGUCCAAGUGGCCUCAUCACCAGUCCCAACUGGCCAGACAAGUACCCAAGCAGGAAAGAAUGCACUUGGGAGAUCAGCGCCACUCCCGGCCACCGAAUCAAAUUAGCAUUUAGUGAAUUUGAGAUUGAGCAGCAUCAAGAAUGUGCUUAUGACCACUUAGAAGUAUUUGAUGGAGAAACAGAAAAGUCACCAAUUCUUGGACGACUAUGUGGCAACAAGAUACCAGAUCCCCUUGUGGCUACUGGAAAUAAAAUGUUUGUUCGGUUUGUUUCUGAUGCAUCUGUUCAAAGAAAAGGCUUUCAAGCCACACAUUCUACAGAGUGUGGCGGCCGAUUGAAAGCAGAAUCAAAACCCAGAGAUCUGUACUCACAUGCUCAGUUUGGGGAUAACAACUACCCGGGGCAGGUUGACUGUGAAUGGCUGUUAGUAUCAGAACGGGGCUCUCGACUUGAAUUAUCCUUCCAGACGUUUGAAGUGGAAGAAGAAGCAGACUGUGGCUAUGACUAUGUGGAGCUCUUUGAUGGUCUCGAUUCAACAGCUGUGGGGCUUGGUCGAUUCUGUGGAUCCGGGCCCCCAGAAGAGAUUUAUUCAAUUGGAGAUGCAGUUUUAAUUCAUUUCCACACUGAUGACACAAUCAACAAGAAGGGAUUUCAUAUAAGAUACAAAAGCAUAAGAUAUCCAGAUACCACACAUACCAAAAAAUAACACCAAAACCUCUGUCAGAACACAAAAGAAUGUGCAUAAUGGAGAGAAGACAUAUUUUUUUAAAAAACUGAAGAUAGUGGCACAAAUGUUUUAUAUAAAGAGUUUGAACAAAAAAUCCCUGUAAGACCAGAAUUAUCUUUGUACUAAAAGAGAAGUUUCCAGCGAAACCCUCAUCAGCAUUACAAGGAUAUUUGAACUCCGUGCUCGAUGGUAUUAAUAAAGCUGGUGAAAGGGCAUCACAUACUUCAAGGAAGACUCUACAAGCUUUUGUUCACACUUGAAAUAGAUGCCUCACAAUUCAGACAGUUUAUUUCAGGAGUUGUGACCCUGCAGAGUUCUUUUUGACAAUUUGUCAAGAUUUAGGGACAUAAAAUGAUCUUGCAGGUCAUAAACUGGAAAACACUAUUCUGGUUGUCUUAGGAUAAUUGCUGACUUUGUAUCUUGGAUACAGUGUAAACCAGAUCCAUGUAAGGUGAUGUGAAAUGGGAGUCUUUUGAGGGUGAUUUGUACUUUCCAUGUGUAUGUGUGUGUCUGGUGUUUGGAAACUGGGAUAUUUCAGCUUCAUUAUUUCCACUUGCAGGCUGGCUUAACCUCUGAAACACAAAUGAUCUUGAGACCACUUUAGUGUACUUACAUUUUGAUGAGUUUGAAAUGUCAGUGGUGUCUAUUACUGCAGUUAAAUUCUAGACAUCAGUUCUUUGUCUCGGAAAAUGCCCAGUGAAAUGGUAAACUUAGUUCUUUUUUUUGGAAGUGCUGCCUUUCACACCAAAUCCAAGAAGCCUGUGAUGUCUUAGGAACCUUAUGAGAAAACGCCGAAGAGGUGUGAGCAGGAUUCUUCUGAAUGACUGUCUGGAUGGUUCAUUACUCAAGUUACUGCUGCUGCUAUUAUCUUUCCUUUGUUGUCUAUCUGUUAUUGUUGAAGCUAUUAUUGUUGAUGUUUUCAUGGUUAAUCUAUUUUUUAAAAAUGAAAUGAAGCAGAAGUAGGUCUUGUGAGAACUGAAAGAUCGCUUUCAUUUUUCUCUUCCUGGGAUUCAUUUUUUCAAAAUGCAAUGCUGGAAAAAAAUGUUUGUUUCUGAAAGACUUCUUAUGGUGCUAUUCCAUAAACUUUUUUUAAACAAGUUUUUGACCUUUGAGCCAACCCACCUGUAGACUACGAAUGUCUCCCUAUGGCUGGUGGCAUUUGAAGACUAAAGACUUGUCAAAUAUAUCAAGAGUAUAUCAUUGCAAGGGCAACCCUUGUCCUGUGGAACAACUACUUAUAAUGCCUUAGAAUUCUUGCACAUGAUCAAACAGAUCCUCCUAAAACACACCUUUUGAAAUGUUAAACAUAAGAGUGUAUGUUAACUAAUAGCUCUAUGAAGAAAAUGCAUUUCCAUGACUGAAGCAUUGGAUAUAAAUAUGGUGUCCUGCUUUUUUUGUAGAAAAUGUAAUUUGAGGAUGAAUUUUCUGCUUUAAAGGCAUGUGUGUUUUUAAAAUUAAUGAAUGUAGAUGUGUGAUUGUCUGAGUGAGUGACACUACAAGAGGUAAAAAAUAAUGGGUGGUUGAAAAGUUAAAAUGUAUGUGCCAAGUUCUACUAGAAUUCCAUUUGAAAUAGCACCUUCCUUAGGUUUCAUGGACAAAUAAUGGGAACUUCUAAUUAUGAUCAAUCACAUUAAAGAAAGGCUCUUUCCUUUAGAGAAACUCUAUUUUGAUGUCAAUAUAGAUUACUGUAUGAAGUAGCUUUGUUUCUGUUACCUGUCCAUGAGCAUACAACAUUGAAUACAAUUGGGUAUAUUCUUUCAGUUUUACAAAAUUAAACUAUACACACAGAUGUA